CGCGGGGUUUUUUCUCCUUUUUCCGCGUUUCGGGGGGUAGCAAAAGCAAGCGGGGAUUUCCACAUCAUGGCGUUUAAAGUCUUUUUCCCUCUUUGCUGCGCUUCGGCUGAAAGUGGCCUUCUGAUUGGACGCUGGAUUCCAGAACAGAACUCCGUUGUCAUCCUGGCUGUGAUCCAUUUCCCUUUGAUUCCCGGUCAGGUGAAGCAGUACCUCUCCAAAAUGCAACAUGCCACCCAAGUCCAACUGUCCGUGUUGGGUUCUUGGACUAACAGCCAAGAAAAACAGACUUUGCAAAGGUUCAUGGAAGACCUGGGCACCAUUUUUUCCCAGGGCCCCUGGAUCCAACUCAGCCGGCGAAAAGACAGCAAGUUUUGGAACUGUUUGGCCACCUGGAAGGAAUCCAGCGGUGGCAGCGGCAUCGAAGAAAUCAUCGUGAUCUAUUACGACCAGCGUAAAGUGAUGUUGUCAGAGCUUCACCCUCCUAACAGUCACGGGGUUCCUUCCGGUCAGAAGGCAGUUGACGCUUCCAAGCUAGCUGCUGUGUUUGACACCGUUGCGAAAAGCCAAGCGCUCUUCACGAAGGACCGGUAUGACGAGGGACCCAUCAGGCUCACCCACUGGCAGUCUGAAGGGGUGGAGGCCAGCAUUAUCGUAGAACUCUUGAAACAGGUGUCUGUCCCUGCUUGUGCGCUGAUAACACUCCUCCUUUCCUUUGUGGCUGGCUGCUGUCAAAGCAGGGCGGUGACAUUUUGGCCCCUGUCCUUCGUCUGGAGCAAACUUUCCACCUACGAGCAAUUGAGGCAUCGCUUCCAGCAUCUCCAGGUCAUCAGCAGUGAGAAGGCGGCUUCAGAUCAGGCCCAAACGAUGAGGAAAGCCAACAUCUUUAUCUCUCUCCUCAUCGACAUGGCUCUGGGCAUCUUGCUCAUGUCCUGGUUGUAUCAAAUGAACUGGAUCGGUUAUCUUUCCAGUGGCCUCGUCCCAAUGGCCGAUCAUAUCGCCCAGCAGCUCCAGAACAUCCUGCAGUGGCUGAUGGGCGUGCCAGCCGGUCUAAAAAUGAACAGAGCUUUGGAUCAGGUGCUGGGCCGCUUUUUCCUUUACCACAUCCACCUCUGGCUUAGCUAUAUCCAUCUGAUGUCUCCAUUCAUUGAGAAGAUCUUGUGGUACGUUGGCUUGUCAGCCUGCCUUGGCUUGACUGUGGCCCUUUCCAUCCUCUCGGACAUCAUUGCACUCCUGACAUUCCACAUCUACUGUUUUUAUGUCUAUGGAGCCAGGCUGUAUUGCUUCAAGAUUUAUGGCUUGUCCUCCCUGUGGCGCUUGUUCCGAGGGAAGAAAUGGAACGUCUUGAGGCAACGGGUAGAUUCCUGCUCCUACGACCUAGACCAGCUAUUCAUUGGUACUUUGCUGUUCACCAUCUUGCUGUUUCUGCUGCCCACAACUGCACUGUAUUACUUGGUUUUCACCUCGCUUCGUCUCCUGGUGGUCCUUUUACAAGGCCUAAUCCAUCUGCUGGUGGACCUCAUCAACUCACUGCCCCUGUAUGCCAUCGUCCUUCGACUCUGCCGAGGCUACAGACUUGCCUCUGGUGUCAAAUUCAGAGUCCUGGAGCAGGAAACUGAAAUACCUCUUCGACUUCUGAUGCAGAUCAACCCCCUCCCUUACGGCCGCGUGGUGCAGAUCUAUAGGCUCCCAACCUACAGCUGCUACCCGAAAGACUCCUGGGCCUCCCUGUGCAAGAAGCUGUUUGUCGGGGAGCUCAUUUAUCCUUGGAAGCACAAGGAGGACAAGCAAGACUGAUGCGGGAGACGACCAAGAGCCGUUCAGACACCCCGGAGAACUUAGCCAGGGUUGGGAUGAGCCGCUCUUGCCCGCCGUACCUUGUUCCGACUUUCCGGCGUACCAAGAGCUCGAGGGUGGUAGGACGUUCCUGCGGAGUCAAUGAAUUCCUCACUCGGCUGCCUCCACCAGCGGCGUUUCUGAUCACCUUGCCGUUGGGACUGGGCCUCUGGAGACAUCGGGAGAC